AUGGUUCAAUUGGUUCUGUCAGUUAUAAGCCUCUUUCCUAGGGACUUUUUUUGGAUUCAAAAGUUUUAUAUGUAGUUUUUUGAGUUUAAAAAUGUUAUUAGAAGUUGGUUCAAUGUUUGGUAUAUUUUUUAUCGCUUAAUUAGAUCUGUGGCAUUCACUUUUUAAACUUUUUAUUCUUUUAAUUAGAUGCAGAAUGUGGAGCGUCAGUUCUAACGAAUUAAACGAUGAAAAAAAAAGUAAUCCAGCCCUAAAAAACUUCAAUCCUUACCAUAUUCUAGAGCCGAUAAAAGUUGACACAGUUGAUAGAAAUAAUGUCGUAACUGGUACACUAAUCGACAUUAAAACGGAUGAAAAUAAUAUUGAAACAGAUUUAAACUUAAACGGCUCUUAUUUAGACAAAGUAAAGAAAACGGAAUUCACUUUGGUUGAUCUGUUCGAAAAUUUAUACGUGAGCCCUCAGCAUGUUUUGAAAAAUGAUAAGGAAAAUUCCAUCGAUUUUCUGGAAACUUCGGCAAGUGAUGUUAAAUUUGAAUCACUAAAUUCAUCUAAUUUAGACGAAACUGAAGAUACGUUGCAAUAUACUAAAGCAAGAACUUUCGAUGAAAUUUUCGAUAGCGCAGUUUCUUUGCGAUUACCGAAACUAGAACCUAUAUGUGAAAACGGUACACUAUCCGGAGAUACAAUUGAUGAUGCGGACAUCAAUACUUUGAGUAUUGAAUGUCAGAAACCAAUUGAAAAGCUAGCAACGAUCGCAAUAUCUAAACGCGAUGAAAUUAUAAAUAAAGAAAAUUGCGAAGUUAAUUCUAAAUAUGUAGAUCCUCAACACCGAGCGACGAAUUUUAAUAAAACUCCGCCAGCAGAUAAUAAUUUUCACUUUUACGAAGAUCAUAUCUUUAAUAAUAUAUCGGAAAUGAAACAGAGUUUACAAAAUCAAAGCAAUCUAACUAAACGGAAUCCUUUCCAAGCGGAUUCAGUAACGAGAUACACUAAGGAUAUUAAAUCGAUUUUAAUCGAUCAAAAUAGACCCCCAAUUGUUCCUAAUUCAAAUGGAGUUGCAAUACCUAUUUUGCAAACAAUAAAAAAAGACAAUAAAGCGUUCAUUAAACGGCGUUUAGUUGUGAACGAUAGUGAAAAGGUUGGAUUUACAAAAGGGCCGAAUAUUUACGAGAAAUCAGUUGUGUUACCACAGAUUAUAGAACGCUUGGGUGAAAGGAAAAAGUUACUGGACGCAAAGAAAAAUAUAAAAAGAAAAUUGAUAUUAGAUAAAUGUAAUUUUCAAAUGGACAAACGUUCUGGUAACAAUAGUUCUAGAAUGAUAAUUGAAGGCGAAAUUCCGGUUUUGCAGCCCGAAGUUUUGAUGGAAGAUUGUAAUAGAGAGAGAUUAAGGGCAUUGAAAAUAAGGAGAGCGUUUCAGGAAUUCAAUUUUAAUGGAUAAACACGAGUUAUAAAGUAAGAUACAUUUAUUUCCAUACGUAAUCAAUCCUUUUCAGAUUCGAUGAUUCACGUUGAAACACAAUUAAGCUUAAGUUUUCUUAGAUAAGUUAUAAACUAUGUAUAAUCAAAUAUAUAAAUCCCCAGUCUUAUUAAUAUUUUAUCAAAAGAUUAAUUAAUGUGCAAAUUAUGUAUGCCUUUAAGUCACCAGUACCUUUACAGUUUUUUGGGACAACGUACUACGCUUUUCCCCCACGUGAAGUGGGACUCGCCGGUGGCCAGGACGCCUAGUGCGCCCUAGUACACAGGAAUACACUGUCCGUCUUUUCGGUGGGCGCCACGGGAUUGCUUUCGCAUGGUACCAUGGCGCCCUGACGGCCUGUCGGCCUACCUAUUCGUGUCUCCAAUUCCUAGGCGGGAUUCUCGGGGUAGCAACAGUUCUUAAUUAAUAUAUCUUUAUUUAUAUAACAAGACUGUUCCACUUUAAUUUUACUUUCAAGCUUAUAAUAACUUCGACAUUCAAAACGCAUUUUUUUCGCCAAAAAUGUGUCAUAAUUUAUUCAAGAUCUCUGCCAUUAAUAUUGCGUCAAUUCAAUGUACAAAGUGCUUACUUGUAUGUACUCCACGCGAUAUGAUCUGCAAUUCUUAUGUUAUAUACUUUUUUCAAAAUCGUUUACUUUUAAAUUUAGAAAUAAUCGACUAUCUCAGCCUAUUUAUCCACGAAAAAUGAUAUGUAUAUAUUAAAGAGCAAAGGGCUGAACCUUGGGGAACACCUAACUUGAUUAAAUCAUAGCUGAUAUACCCUUUGACUGCUUAUGUUUUAUUGUGUCGAUAAGAUUUUUAAAAUUAAUCCAACUAGGCUUUUUCAAGCAUUUUGUAUCGUCAUUUUAAAGAAUUGUAUUAAUCGUGCAGCUACUACCAGUUCGGAAUGUAGAUUCCGAAGAAACUGUAAUUAUCCACCUUGGUAAAUCGGGCGAUCGUGAUAUAAUUAAUCGAGCUUUUCAAUUAUAAGAUAACUUACUCGUGUGGGUGGAGUUGGUUAUACAUACCAAUAGCAUUAGAGGCUUAUGACGAUUUGUAUGUAUAGUAUAGUAAAUAUUAUACUCUAUGGAGCAGUUAGAAGUUCAAUCUAUAUCUUUAUACUGACAAUAGAACUUUGUGAUCUAACUAGUCUUCCUUGUAUCAUCAUUGGAUGAACAUUAAAUAUCGGGAUAAGGCAAUAUAAAAGAACGGGGUUAUAUGUUAGUCAAGGACGUUAAACUUCGCAGGAAGAUACAUUCGUGUGAAGUUUUUUAUAUAAGUAGGAGGACGAGCAACGGUCUGAUGGUAAGUCGUUACCAACGCCCAUAAACGUUGGUGUUGCAAGAAAUAUUAACAAAUUCUUACACCGUCAAUGUGUUACCAACCUUGGAAGCUAAGCCUGACAUCACUGGCUCAAACUGGUUAACCCUUCGAACCGGCACAACAUUAAGUAUUGCUGUUUGGCCGUAGAAUGUGUGAUGAGUGGGAGGUACCUAUCUAGAUGGGCUAGUACCAAGUAAUACCGGGUCCUAAUGUGUGACGCCGGUAUUUUAAUUAUUUGAGGUUUUAUACCCUUUAAAAUUAAAUUUAAAUUAUAUUCUAAUCUGAUAACAUUUUCAGGCUGACUAAUGUUAACAAAUUUACAUCUUUAGGGGAUUAAAAUGGGCCUUUCAUUCCACUUUUAAAUCGUACGGAGACCGUUGCGAGGUGGAGCUUAACAGCUGUUAAGUCCUACGAAAUGCCAAUUUAAGUUUAUUUAAUUUCACUCGUCCGAAAGAGAAAGCAUGUUGCGUCCAAUUUUUGUUGAUUAGAAUUUUGAUAAACGACUGAUUAUUUCAGUUAAAAUAUUGAAG